CUCUCCUCACACACGCACGCACACACACACACACACUCUCUCUCUCUCUCUCGUCUACAGAUCUCGAACUUCUUUUUCAGGUACCUGGGCAAACGUUCUCCACGCGCUCCACCACCACUCCUCAGGCGCAUCCGCUUGCAACGGUGCUACGCUGCCCAUGGCGAGCAGUGGAGCAAGUGACACGUCAAGGCAAGAACCAGAGCAUCUGUAUCAUUGCUACCCACACUUUCCAUCUCACUGUGGGCAUGCUCUCGCCAUCGCUCUCCUCCUCGCCGCGCACUCGGCAUCGCACCUGACUCGAUGGCCGACCAAGGGGAGAACUCGCGUAGGCCUCUGCGAGAAGAAGAUGUGUGCGAGCAUGUACUCUCGCCCGACGACAUGAAGCGGUUCCAUGCCGACGGCUAUCUCGUUCUGCCCUGGCCGGUCCUCGAAGCCCACGCGCUCGACGCCGUCCGUCAGACCGCCGAGGAGCUCAUGGUGGCCGGGCCGGAGACGGUGGCACGGCUGUACGAGCAUCACGCCAACGAGACCGGCGAUGAGGACGCAGUCCUGUUUCACUGUCUCGGAGGGUGGCGGGUGGCUUCGGCACUGGCGGAUUUGGUGUACAACCCGGCGAUCAUCGGUCCGGUGUCGCAGCUGCUUCCUAGCCUGGCCUCUGAAGACGGCGCGCCGCGGGCGGGCGUGCGCUUGUGGCACGACCAACUGUUCUGCAAGCCUGGCGGCAUCGGCGGGCCGGUUGCUUGGCACCAGGACAUGUCGUACUGGACUCGUACCGCACCCGCUGCUCACCAUCUCACCAUCCACGUUGCGCUCGACGAUCAGAACCACGAAAACGGCGGUCUGUAUGUUGUGCCGGGCUCGCAGACGUGGGACCUACUCCCGGUCACCUCGCGGCACUUUGACGACAUGGACUCGAUUCACUCCGUGCUGACUUCAGAGCAGAGCGCUGCCUUUCAUCCGCACCUGCUCGGGCUCAAGGCUGGCUACGCCUCCAUCCACCACUCGCACACGGUCCACGGCUCCUGGCCAAACACGAGCUCCGCGCCACGCCGCGCCGCUGCUGUCAACGUCAUCGCCGACGGUGUGUACGCCAACGACGAUAGUCCGCUCCUCGCCGGCGUCCCGCCUGUUCCAUGUGGCGAGCCGCUUGUCGGAGAGUACUUUCCGCUCCUCUUCGAGCCAUGA